AUGCAUGAGAAGUACAAGAGAAGAGCCACUAUCACUGCUGGAGCUCAUCAAAGCAUGCAUGUACGCGCCCAGGUCCAGGCCCAGGUCCAGGCCCAGGUCCAGGCCCAGGUCCAGGCCCAGGUCCAGGCCCAGGCACAGACUCAGGUCCAGGCCCAGGUCCAGGUCCAGGCACAGGCCCAGCCCCAGGCCCAGCUCCAGGCCACGAACGCUGGACUGAUUAGAGGAGAGCUGCAGCCUGUGGUUAGCUCCAGGCUCUAUGUAAAGUCAAUCUUCUGCGUUGAUCGAGGAAGUCAGAUGCAGAGGUUUGGGUGUCUCCCCAAAUACAGCAGUAUUCUUAUGUACCAAAGCAGCUUUUGGAAUUGA